AUGUGUCCUAUGCCGCCCACCACAGUACCCCCGUCCCCCUUGGCUCUUGGACUCUAUGAGGUGUGGUUCGGACCGGAAGGACGUGCUGCCCAGGCUCAGGGCCACGGCCACAUGGAGAGGGAGUCGUGGUCCUGGGAAGGCGGGGCUGCCUCAGAAUCCGGGACCAUCUUGGUCCCAGAUGGGGGCGGUGUGGAGACGGGGGGCCCUCAGGGAGACCGGCUCCCGCGGGCACGCGGAGACGAGGAGGUGGCGCAAGCAGAGCAGGUCCAGAAGCCGAAGGAGCUGUCGCAGGCAGAGCCAGUGCCGCGGCCCGACACAGCCGGGGCCGCCCUUGCCGCGCUGCAGGUGGUUCAGGAAGCGCUCCGCUCUGUGGAUGUCCAAGCCACCAGGGCCUACCUGCGGCUCAAGCGCAGGAUGAAUCAGAAGCGGAGUGGUCACCUGGCUCGAAGGAGGGCCAUCAUCCAGGGCAUCCCUGGCUUCUGGGCACGCGCGAUCCUGAAUCACCCCCAGUUAUCAGCUGUGAUAGGUGACCAGGACACAGACAUGCUACACAGCUACAUGACCAAUUUAGAGGUGGAGGAACUGGGUCGUCCCAAGUACCGCUGCAGGUGGAUGUUUUACUUUGGGAGCAACCCCUACUUCCAGAACGACGUGAUCGUUAAGGAGUAUCACCUGAGCAUCGGCUUUCCUCGUCCCGCAGGAUAUCGGGAGACUCGUUGCACUCCAGUCCAGUGGUUCUGGGAUUAUGAACGUGGUGCUGCCAGCCACAGGCGAGACCCCAGCGGCCUGAACUUCUUCAACUGGUUGUGUGACCCCAGCUGCCCAGGGUCCAACAGGAUCUCCGGGAUCAUCAUCGAGGACCUGUGGCCCAAUCCCUUGCAGUACUACCCGAGGCAGGAAGGCGGCGUCUGGGAAUGA